GCCGGGCCUGAUGAUGGCCACACGUGUUACAAGAUGUGCGAAUAACAAUUUCGGAAGGAAAAUGGAACUUCUGUUUAGUGUUAUUGUGUUGGAUUUGAUCUUUGUCAGUGGCCAGUAUGCGCAGUCUCCGUGCCCAGGGAUUUUCGACUAUCAGAAUAGUGGAGGCCAACUGUUCGGAUUGAUAACACUUCAGCCGUCGGGACCUGCUUCUUCUAUAGUGAUACGAGCUAACUUCACUAUUGCUGGGAGAUUACCAUCGAGUUACGUAGGACAACUGGAGCCUUUGGACCCGCAGCGGGGUCUGCAGCGGUACAACCAGGGCGCUCCCCUUUUAUACCGGGUGCAUUUUCCUGUGACGUCACCACUGCCGCGACUUUACUCGCUCGUGGCCAAUGGCCAGACGCUCUGCUAUGGCCCAAUGGAUGUUCCUGGCCCGAAUCAGUACGUGAGUACUAUUAGCCUUCAGCACGCGCUGUUCCUCAUGGGAGGGCUAAAUAGCGUGUACACCGUUGACCGGCCGGUCAACUUUAAUAAACCCACCAACGACUUCCAUAACUCGGGAGACACGCAGUAUUUCACCUUUUCCGACGACGGAACAGGCUAUCAAACCUUCUUGGUGGACAAGCACAGUGGUGAUUCUGCGUACCAAAACCAACCAAACUUCAACGUGCACUAUACGGAGAAGACAACGCAACGACCGGUGUACAACCCGUUCACAACGCAACGAAAACCACCUCCAGAUUACAACAUCUAUACGACGGAACGGUAUCCACAGCAAGAUUACAACCCAUAUACAACGCAACGACAACCUCCACCGGAUUACAACCCGUAUACGACGCAACGUCAACCUCAACCGGAUUACAACCAGUAUACAACGCAACUGGCGGAACAACCACCACCAGAUUACAACCCGUAUACAACUCAACGAUUACCACCACAGCGUCCACCACCCUUGCCCGCCAUCCCACCUCGCCUACCGAGCGGGCCAGAGUUCUCCAGCGUACAGUGCGGUGUAGUGGCCGGCGGUAACGAAAGGCAGCCCCUCAUUCACAACGGGCAAAACUACGAGAGAGGAGCUCUGCCGUGGCUCGUCGCUAUCUAUAAGAGGAAAGACGGCAGUCUCACUUUCAAUUGUGCCGGCACUCUGAUCUCAGAUAGGCAUAUCGUUACGGCUGCUCACUGCAUGCUGUUGAAGAAUUCGGUUACAUCUAUCAAGGACAUCGUAGUGAAGUUAGGCGUAUAUGACUUGGAAGAUUGGGGCGACGACCAAAGCGUAACAAGAAAACUAGAAUCUGCGACCAUCCACGAGUCAUAUAACUCCUCUACCCUUGCUAAUGACAUAACAGUGUUCACUUUAGAGAAAACUGUGGAAUUCAGCACAAACAUCAGGCCAGCUUGCCUAUGGGACGGGCAGAAUGAUUUAAAUAGGAUUAUUGGGGCAUCAGGCGUAGUAGCGGGAUGGGGCAGCACGGAACUUGGCCCGGGCGGUCAAGGGCAGCCGCGUAUGGUGCGAAUCCCCGUGGUCAGCACCGCCACCUGCCGCGCCAGCAACCCCGACUUUCACAAGCUCACCUCCGACACCACGCUGUGUGCAGGUGACCGCAACGGCAUCGGUCCUUGCUUGGGUGACUCCGGCGGAGGCCUGUACAUCUUGGACAGCGGCCGCUGGCGCCUCCGCGGCGUGGUCUCCGUGUCCCUUAGACCAGACAACGGCGAGAAUACCUGCGACCUCAACCAGUACAUCGUGUUCACGGACGCGGCCAAAUACAACUCGUGGAUCAGGAACAUCGUCAAAACUAGUCAGAUCUGAACGGGGCGAAGCGAUAUGUUUUUGUUUUGUUUCGUUCACUCGUGCAAGGUUGUUGUUCCACCACCACUAAAGAAGAAAUGUGAUUAUGUUCCCGCUCAAGAGAUGGACGGAGAAGAGCGCGUCAUGUUACCACAAAUAUUAAAAAUUAAUGCAGUUGAUUAAUAACCGCUAUUAUUGAAAAUCAGUUUGUAUAGUUUUAAGAGCUACAAUAGACACGUACCAUUUUAGCAAAGGAACGCUCUCUUCACUAUAAUUAUUAUUAUGUUAUUAGUUGCAGCAGCGAGAGUUAUUAAAAAUUGCUCUCCAACUUAUUUCAAAUUCUGCUUUUCGCUAAUCGUCAGUGGUGGAACAAUUGCUUCAAUUCAAAACAGAAUCAGGCAGACGACAUUUUUGAAUAUUGAACUGAGAUGAAUUUACACUGCAUUUUACAAAAGAUUUACAAAUAUUCGAUAGAAAGAAAGAAAGUAUUAGUUACGUUGCAAAUUGUGUCUAGUAAUUGAUAAAUACACUGGGCAGCAAAUAAACCGGGUCACUUGCUACCUUGGUACUCUGAUUUGAUUUUCUCAAAGUAUAAAACUUACCACUAUCAAAGUUAUACCUACAGAAAGUGCGUUUCAUGAUGAUUAAAAUAAACAGAAAACUGUAAGAAUAGUCGUAAACCCUCCAGUAGCUCCUAUUACAAAAGACUGAAGAUUUGGACGCGACCAAAAGUCAUGGCCGAUCGUUUGUUGAAAUGUUUUUUGGCUACCCUAGACGUUCGGCCCUACAUAGAAGGCUCAGGUAUGGUGGGAGUACUUCACAAGGUGCAAGGUUGUCCCCCAUAAGUUAAUCUGCCUAGUUACAGUAAAUUCAAAAAUCCCGGCUUGGGCUCCGCUACCAUAAUGUGUGUGAUGUGACUAUGUAUAUACAUUAAUGACGGAACAAAAUUCAAUAAUUUGACUUGAAUACUAAUAGCCGAAGCUUCGCUAUAGUCUUUGUAAAAUCUUUGGAUGAAAUAUAAAUGAUUUUUUGUAAAUUUGGAUUUAGGUAAUUUCAUUAAUUAGGUAAAAAAAUAUAUUUAUUUUUCAUAAAUUUUUAUUAAGUGGAAGAAAUGCUGAAUUCCUCGAAAAAUUUUGUACAAUAAUUUUAGUGCCAUAUGUGUAAUAAAAGUGUUAUGAAAUAAUUAUUUUAUAGGAUCUGGGACAUAGUCUUAAAUUAAAAGCUGUAGUAGCAUCAUGCAUUUCUGUUUUUUAAACCUCAGACAGUUUUCUCAUUUACCUAUAAGUUUCCACCUACCUCUGAAAGCACCUACAUAACAUAUUUAUUAGCGUAAAAGUUUUCUUGAUGCUAUUAGAUAAUAAACUAAGAAAAAGUAAUAAAUGUAUUUAUUAAGCAAUUGC